AUGCCGGAGCUACUUUUUGCUGCUGACGUGAAGAACCGGUCAACAAUUCAGCAGAUUGCAUACUAUCUUUCUAAUUCUCCAAACAAAAGUCAAAUUGGGUUCUUGAAGCGAUGUGUUUAUCUCUGUAUCAAAAUACCAUCAACCACAGCCACUGAGCAUAUCUGCGUAGACAUUGAUGAACAGGAAGGCGAGAUGAAUAACAAUGUUAAAGGAAUGAAGGGAAUACGUAAGAUGAAGGUUGCACAUAGACGGACGGAUGAAAUUCUAAAGCUAGUUUCUAAGAAUCUAAAUUGUCUGAACAAAGAUAAAGAGGGUAUGAUUACAAAAGCACUGUUGGCAGCAACUGAAUCGGGGAAUGUAGAGUUCUUGUGCGAAGUAUUAAAAAAGAAACCAGAAUUAGUGUCGAAGAUGAUUUCAGCUCAACAACAUGGGCAUAUUUUCUUCAAUGCAGUGAAAUAUCGUCAAGCUGAAGUUUUCAACUUCCUCCUUGGAUUUCGCUUUAGGAACCAUGUGGUAGCAACAAUGCCAAGUGGCCCCUUCGGCAAUAACUUGCUGCACAUGGCAGCCAUGUUGGCUCCUGCUUCCCAACUUAACCGCAUCUCCGGUGCCGCUUUGCAGAUGCAACGGGAAUUCCAGUGGUUCAAGACGGUAGAGAAAGUGGUGGAACCUAGACAUGUUCUUCAACUAAACCAAGAAAGGUUGAAUCCUCUGGACUAUUUCAAAGAAAACCACAAAGGACUCAAGAAGGAAGGAGAGGAAUGGAUGAAACAAACAGCAACUUCAUGCUCAGUUGUUGGUGCUCUAAUCAUCACCAUCAUGUUUGCUACUGCUUUCACUGUUCCAGGAGGAAAUGAUGGAACUUCAGGGUACCCAGUAUUUUUGAACAAAAAUUUAUUUAUAGUUUUCUUAUUCUCCGAUGCAGUGUCCUUGUUUGCUUCUACUACUUCUGUGCUGACAUUUUUAGGAAUCCUUACGUCACGCUAUGCUGAGGAAGACUUCCUUUAUUCCUUACCCGGAAAACUGAACAUAGGCCUUUCUACACUUUUUCUACCCAUUGUAGCUAUGUUAGUCGCCUUUUCCACAACAAUAAUCAUCAUGCUGCAACAUACCACAUCACAUUCAUGGGCUUAUCUUCUUGUCAUUAUGUUUGCUAGUGUUCCAGUAACCCUCUUUGUAUUUUUACAGUUUCCUCUUUUGCUUGAAAUAAUUUCUUCUACUUAUUGUCCAGGCAUCUUUAGGAGAAAGCACUACUACAGAAUAUAUCUUUAG